AUGGAUAGUGAGGAGAUCUUGUUGAUUCUAGUCCACCGCUCUGGUAAAAUAAUAAAAAAAAGUAAUAGGCAUGGUGUUAAGUUCACUGUUAAAGAACCGCUGAGCGUGUUUAUCCGUUCGACUGAUACUUUGUCGGAUCUAAAGAAGAACAUAUUGCAGAAGGCAGGGUUGUGUGGGGUUAAGUUGGUGAAGAAGGUGUUCUACAAGAUUUCGAUGGCGGUCGUGUCAAGUGGUGUGCAAUUUGAAACAUUUGUGAUAGGAUCGGAUGAAGACAUGGAGGUCUUGUUUCAUUGUCGACGUAAUUUUCUGGAGGUGAGAAUACACGAGUUGUUUGCUAAGUUGGAAGACCGUGUUGAUAGUUCAGGGGCUUCAGCGCCAAAUCCCCAGUCGACGACGGUAGGGGGUGCUUCUACUUCGAUGCCUGUUGUUGCAGCCGGUUGUCUCUUAGCUGCAUCUUUACUUGUUCUACCACCGGCAACUAGAACACCUAGUUUAAUUACUGGUCUUGUUGGUAGUGGUGAAUUGGAUCACGUUGAGGACGCGAUGCGGGAAGAUGAUUCGGACGAUGAGCCCGAUCACAUAUCGGGGAUAAUUGGCCAGUCUUUCCAUACUAAGGAGGAAGCUGUGAUGAGUGUUAAGGAUAAUAGCAUUCGUCGUGGAGUUCAGUAUCGGGUUAUGGAAUCAGAUCAUCUGAAGUAUGUUGGGAGAUGCAAGGAGUUUGGAAACAGCUGCACAUGGAUGGUCCGCGCGGCAUUUCGCCAGCGCAAGGAUGCAGCAGUUACGGUAAAGGUGUUGCAGGAAGCUACUGAGUCAACCUACGAAUUUCGGCCUAAUUAUAGGAAGGUGUGGAAGGCAAAGCAGAAUGUAGUCGCACAGAUUUACGGGGAUUGGGAAGAGUCGUAUGCUGAGUUGUCCCGGUGGAUCCUUGGGAUGCAAACAACGAUGGACGAGGGUCUGUGGCCACCGUACGCCGGUCCUACUAUCGUUCCUGAUCCUAAUAUGAGACAUGCCAGAGAAGGGCGACCCAGGUCAACAAGAAUCCGUAACACCAUGAAUGAGGCCGAUACUAGUCGGCCGAAGCGAUGUGGGCUAUGUAGACAGACAGGACACACUCGCAUGACUUGCCCUCAGCGAGGAUCCGCCCCAGUGUCGAGGCAUAGGUGUCAUUAG